AUGUCCGAUCUCGAAACCGUUUCUUCCUUCGUAGAGGGAGCUCCUCCGGGAGAGCUUGCCGACGUUAUCGCAGAUAUCAAGUCGCUGACCCUCGACUCCAACCCUGAUAUCGUUAACAGCCUUGGACCCGCCUUCGAGAAGUACAACGAGGAGCAGUUUGUUACGGUGAAACUGCCCGGCAGCAGCCAACCAGUCAUUAUUAGCUCUCACAACUCCCUCGGAGACGGUCGAUACUACGAUGUUGAGAGCUCUUCCAGCUUUGCCUUCGACCAUACCACGCAGAAAGCUAGCGCUGUUCAGAGCCACGUGUUGGAGGGAGCUCAAGCGGAUCUUGUGAACUCCAUCCUCAAAAGCCUCGGCUCUUACGUCGACGAGCACUUUGCCAACGCCGCGCACGGCGUCUACCCCAUUGAGUCGGACUCUAAGAUUGCCAUCGUUAUUGUAGGCAACAAAUACAGCCCUAACAACUUCUGGAACGGACGCUGGCGGUCGCUCUACAUUCUGGACCCCUCAUCCGGAGCUCUCGAGGGUUCUCUCAAGGUUGAUGUUCACUACUACGAGGACGGAAACGUUCGUCUCCUGACCAAUAAGCCUGUCUCCAGCACCAUCUCCUCCGCCAACGGUGCGGGCAUCGUUAGAGAGAUCUCGACAACAGAGAAGAAGUACCAGGAGGAGCUGAACAAGGGUUUCGUGAGCCUCAGUGAAGGCGCGUUCAAGGGUCUGCGACGACAACUGCCUGUAACGAGACAGAAGAUCGAGUGGGACCGCGUGACAAGCUACCGCCUAGGCCAGGAUAUUGGCGGCGGCAGCUCGAGGCGAUAG